GGGCAAGGCUACGCACUGUGGCAUCCGGAGCCGCAUACCUCCGGCGAGGUGCAAAUCGCCGACGUGGGGCACAUAGUCGACGGCGCGUUCAUCCGGCUGUUCAACGUUCUUGACAGCGAUCAGAAGUUUUUUGGAUUUCUCAAUAAACCUGUACCCAACCCGGAUGUGCUGCCGGAGGGCGCCACGCAGUCGCGCGACGUGCGCAAUAGGGUACUCAUUCCGGGAUCGUAUCGCAGCGAUGGUGUGGAGGAAACUUCAGGCAGUCUUCAUGCCGAGGCAUAUGGCCCGGGCGGCGCAGGCAGCGGCGGCUUGGAAGCUGGCUUUGCCUGCAAGCGGGAUCAAGGGGCUGUCCUGGUCCUGAAUUCUGCCGCAAAGAAAGAGAUCAUUCUCGACAACUACCGCCUCCGCCGCUAUAUCCGUGACCAUCAUACGACAUGGUGCCAGAAUAUCAGCCAUCAUAAAGACGGGCCGGGUCUAGUAGUCCAGCCGGAGAAUGUCAUCUUCGUCUACGGCUGGGUUAAGACGUCGCCGAAUUGGAAAGCGACGACGUUCUGCAACUCAAAGACAAGGUACUUCGCGUCUGUCGACGUCCAGGUUGGGCCCCAUUUCAGCGCGGGCGGCGACUACCACAGGGCCAAUAUCGUCUCAGGCCCGCAGCUCACUAGAACUGGGACCUCGUAUCCUUCAGCUACUCAGACGGAGCCUCAGGAUCAGUGUGUCUUCCUCAGCGGAUACACGGUGAAAUGGAGGUUAGGCAUCUUCCCGCGGCUGCGGGCAGCGGCAGGGUACCACCAACUUCCGGACGACCGCGAUGGAAGAAGCGGCGACGGGGGAGAGGGAGUGGCCACAAUAGAUGUCCCCGAUGAGGACGAGUUCAUGGACGACAUUGAGAGCUGUACUGCCCAAGGGCCUCUGAAUGACUUACUUGAGUAUAUUCUGGAGGUUUCUGAUGCGGAAGUGGCCAUUGGGUCGGACGAAGAUAUUGAAAGUAUCCUUCUGGACCAGCCCUGGCCAGAAGAUAUGGCGUCAUACUUGCGGCAGACGCGUCCUACAAUCGAGAUUCAAGAAGGCAUGGGAAUGAUUUCGCUUCUGGAGAAAGUUCAACGGGAACGGGAACGUCAGUUUCACAACCAUGACCCUUCCGAGUCAGACAAGGCAGAGUAUCCCGACAUUGGCACCAAAGAAGCGGGAACGCUGGGCGAUGGGCGCGUUUUGUUUGGUCCCUCUCAGACUAAGGCUCGCACUGUGGACUGGAAACACUUGAAACUGGAGCACAAGGAUGUGGAGAAUGGCGCCAUAACGUACGUCUCGAUGUGCCCGAGUGGCAAGCUACUCGCGGCAGCCUGGGACGACAUCACCAUCACGGUCUGGAGGCUUCAGGAUGGCCUCACCGUUCAACAUCUCGGGGUCGAAGGGCACGAGGAUACGAUUUGGUCAAUCGCCUUCUCUCCCGAUAGCAAACACAUUGUCUCGGGAUCCGCCGACGCACUUGCUCUCGUUUGGGACGUCGGGACUGGAGACAUCGACGUCAUGGCGGUUGCAUACUCCCUUGACGGAGCCCUGAUCGCCACCGGCUCCUCGGACCACUCCCUCAGGAUCUGGGGUGCUCUCAGCGGAGCUCUACUCUACUCCUUCGAAGACCUCGGGUCGGACAUCAAACGCGUCGUCUUCUCGCCUGACGGCUCUCGUCUUGCUGCGUGUUCAGACGUCUCUGUGACGGUCUGGGACCCACGUGAAGGUGCCCGCAUUGCCACGUUGCCUGAGCACAACAGCGCAAUCUGGUGCAUGGCAUUCUCACCCAACAGCGACCGUAUCGUGACGGGGUCCGAGGACAGCAGCGCGCGCGUAUGGGACGCGAGCAGCGGCGAGGUGCUGGUGGAGCUGCACGAGCACACGAGCUCGGUCUGUUCGGCAGCGUUCUCACCUGACGGGAGCGAGGUCGCGACGGCGUCGCAGGAUGGCAUCGUCGUCACGUGCAACUCGUGGACGGGCGAGCGGCGCUUCAUGUUGGGAGAUGACGUCGAUACCGCCGUCGAGGCUGUGGCGUACUCGUCCAAGAACGAUUUCAUCGCCGCCGGAGCGGCGGACGGGCGCGUGCGCGUGUGGAACUCAAAGUCUGGUUCAUUCUUUGCGGAGUUCCAGGGACACGAGGGAGAGGUGAAGAAUGUGAUGUUUGCGCCUAACGGCUGGGAUCUUCUGUCCUAUGCGGAAGAUGGGAGCGUACGAAGCUGGAGCGUUCUUGACGCUUUGCGGCUGUCUUAGUAGAGCAUUAAAUUUCGUGUCGCUAUUUUCCUCUGUCGCUUUGCGCAGUCUAGUUGCCCAGUCAGCUUUCUCAUUGUUGAGUUGAUUCUCGUGUAUGCUCACGAACUAUAGUCCGAAGAGGAACUGAGUGCCG